AAAUCUCCACUGCGGACUCCGAACAGCCACCGUUUGGUCCUCUUCUCCGUGCGGUUUGCGGUGGGAGCUGAACAUCGUCGUCCUCUUCUCCUAUCAGGGAAGGGCACUUUAUUACAUACAAAAAGCUUUUACUACAGCUGCCUCAAAGUUAGAGAAGAUUGGAUAUGGGAUAUGAUGGAAGGAGAUAUUAAGAUUUUGAAUGGAGAUGACACUCAAAACAAGAAAGAAAGUUCUCUGGUGAAGAUAAAAGUAUUGUUUUUCGCUAGAGCCCGUGAUCUCACUGGCCUGAGUGAGAUGCCAUUGGAGGUGUCAUUCGGAAGUACUACACAUGAUUGUUUGAAAAAGCUUUUUAUCAAGUUUCCAGGUUUGGAAGAAAUAAGAAGGUGCAUGGUUUUGGCUCUGAAUGAGGAGUAUACAACUGAGUCAGCCAUUGUUAAAGACACGGAUGAAUUGGCCAUAAUACCCCCAAUAAGUGGUGGCUAAACAACUUAUUGGAAACCUCUACUUUUGUACUCUAGCAAAUAUUCUGAAAAAAUUCUGAAUUUGAAUAAAUACUGAGAAGUCGAUAUCCUCAUCUAGUGUAAUUUUAUUGGUGUGUACAGUUAUCAAGUGGUGAACCUUUCUCAUCAUACAUAUGGAGAUUUCUGUCAAGUUUUUAGUCAAUGGCUCAAUCAUGCAGUUAAUUAAAAAAAUAAUUUUAACAAAAAGUUUCAACCUUUUGAGAACUUCCAACUCUGAAAUUACCUUGCCAGUAGAAUGAUUGUAAUUUGUAAACUUCAAUAAGUGUAAAUGUGUAAUGAUUGUAAUGUUAGAUUAAUUGUAAAUGAACACCAGAAGAAAAUGAAAAUUUUUCAUUUUUCA